AUGACGCCCCGGGAGACGAAAUCCCUCAGCACCAAGCCCCAGGAGACAAAAUCCCUCGGCAAGAAGCCCUGGGAGAAGAAAUCCAUUGGCAUGACGCCUCGGGAGACGAAAUCCCUCGGCAAGAAGCCCAAUGAGACGGAAUCCCUCGGCAUCGAGCCACAGGAGACGAAAUCCCUCGGCAAGAAGCCCUGGGAGAAGAAAUCCAUUGGCAUGACGCCCCUGGAGACGAAAUCCCUCGGCAAGAAGCCCAAUGAGACGGAAUCCCUCGGCAUCGAGCCACAGGAGACGAAAUCCCUCGGCAUCGAGCCACAGGAGACGAAGUCCCUCGGCAUCGAGCCACAGGAGACGAAAUCCCUCGGCAAGAAGCCCAAUGAGACGGAAUCCCUCGGCAUCGAGCCACAGGAGACGAAAUCCCUCGACGAGAUUCCCAAGGAGACGAAAUCCUAUGGCAAGAAGCCCAAUGAGACCCUCUGCACCUUGAGUGGUAAAGGAAAGAGUGGUUACCCUUUCAAGUUCCGUGUUAAAAUGUCUGAUUUAGACAAAAAUCUUAAGGACAAGAGCUUGGUGAAGGUGAAUAAGGCAGGACCCGGGACCUUGUUGGUCCAGUGUAAAAGUCGUAAGUUCUUCGUGAAAUGA